AUGAGUGAACAAUCUAAGGAAGUAAUCUUGGGUAAAAAUAGAACUACAGUAUCCACUAAGGAGUGUGAACUCUAUGUGGAAGGAAAAUCUGAUAAAUCUGUUUCAAAUAAUAUGAAAUAUAUUAACUUUAAUAGGUUAAGAAAUAAUAAUUUAUUACUAAAUUAUUUACAGAAAAGAGAUUUAGCAAUUAUAGGUUUAAGAUCAUAUAGUACAGAGUCGGGACAGACAAAUAAAAAUGUAUUAGAUGAAUUAAACAGUUUACAUGAAUUUUCUAAAAAUUAUCUAAAUAAACGAAUAGAUAGAAAAAUAUAUAAUAAAUUUAUGUUAUCAAAAGAAUUAUACAUUUUAGCAUAUCAAAAAUUACGUAGUAAUCUAGCCUUAAAUGCCGGAUAUUUAAUUGAUCGUAGAUUAGUAUAUGAUAUAGUUGGUACUCUUCAAGGUUCUAUAAUUAGUCUAAUUUUAGCUAAUAUUUACUUAAGUAAAUUAGAUAAAUUUAUUGAAGAAUUAAAAUUAGAGCAUGAAGACCCAAGUAAAAAAGGUAAAAAAAUUAGGUUAAAAGAAUAUAGAUCUAUUGAGAGAAAAAUAGGUGUAGUUAAGAAAUUAGAAGCUUCUAAUAAAAGAAAAUUUGAUUUAAGAAAGUUAAGUACUAAAUUAAGAAAUACUAAAAUAAAUAUAAAAUCUAGUUAUGAUAAUAAAUUAAUAGAUAUUGUUAAAAGAAAAGGUAAUAAAACUAGAUCACUAGGAUUUUUAAUGUUAACAGCACUUAUGAAAUUAAUAUCAAAGAAAUUAGCAUUAGCAGGUUUUCAUAGAUAUCAUAAAGGUUUAACUAAAACGACAUGA